AUGGCAACUGAUGCCAUGGUGGGCGAGCAGCUGCUGAAACAGCUGCGCACAUUCUUCCUGGAGUGCUGUGAACCCCCGCAGUGUCUGACCACCGCGCCGAGCACCGCCGACUCCAUUCCAAGUCGAAGUGUGUGGACGCAGGAGGUGGACUGCAUGCAGCUGCUCGCCGCAUGCCCAUCGCUGAGCGACCUCCUCUUUUUCCAGACGACAACACUGGUGGAUGCACUGCGGCAGGUGUGUGCGGAGAUGUGCAAGGGCGCUGGUCGCUGCCUCAAUCCCGCCGAUCUCUCGCCAAGACUGGUGCACCUGCCUAUUGUCGGCGCACCACCACCGUCGAUGCCGCCGCCUGGAGGCGUACUUAUUGGUGUUUGUGGCUCAAUUGUGCGAAUGAACACUAAGCGGGUGGUGCCGUUUGUUCACCGGUUCAAGUGUCCCAAGUGUCGCGAGACGGUUGAGAUUGCUUCCAGUCCCUUUGAUCGCGCCGCCAAGCCGAAGGGGCGCUGUGAGCGCAAGGAGUGUAGAGGUGAGGAGCUGCAGCAGGUCGGGCAGGUGUGGAUGGACUAUGCGGAGUGUCGCCUGCAGCAGCGCUCGAGUCUCUCAGGACGACUCCCGCGUACACUGCUUGUGACGCUCGAAGACGAACUCACGACAAAGUGCACAGUGGGCCAGCUGGUGGAAGUAGUGGGCAUACUGUUUCCCAAGUGGCGCGCGACACACCCGAACAGCCGUCCGAUCAUUGAGCCCACUGUGUGGGCCCUCAACAUAAACACGAUGGAAUCACAUCGCGACGGUGGGUCUGGCAGCGCAGCUACCGCACCGAGGCGCAGAGCCGCUGGAUCUAUGGAGGGACCGACCUUCAGUCCCGAGUCGUUCUUUUCAUCUUUCUGCAAGGACAGACUUCGGAGAGUCAUUGCGCUAGCAACGUCUGUGUGUCCGCAGUUGUCGGGGCUUUUUGCACCCCGCAUGGCUGUUCUUCUUGCCGCUGUGGGCGGGACAUCCACAGCUGGCAAAACGAGCAUGCACAUACGCUCGACGAUUCACUGCCUCUUCGUAGGAGAUCCUUCCACAGGUAAAUCGCAGCUGCUGCGCUUCGCCGCCCUGCUGGCGCCGCGGAGCACCUCCACCACCGGUAUUGGGAGCACCUCCGCCGGGCUGACAGUAGCGGCAGCAAAGGAAAAUGGUGAGUGGGUGCUCGAGCCUGGUGCAUUGGUGUUGAGUGACGGUGGUGUCUGUGUUAUUGAUGAGCUGCGAACCGUAUCGUCGGCCGAUAGGGCCUCCCUGCAUGAGGCGAUGGAGCAGCAGACAAUAUCGGUAGCCAAGGCUGGCAUGGUAACAAAGCUUCGGACUUCUUGUUCAGUUGUGUCGGCGUGCAAUCCGCCAAUGACGCGGCAUGGUGGAACGGAGAUCGGCGUCGGUGGGCCGCUCCUUAGUCGCUUUGAUUUUAUUUUCUUGCUCUGGGACACGCCCUCACCAGAGAUAGACAGCCGUAUUGCUACCCACAUCCUCAACUGCUCCCAGGCAGGACAACAGCCACCGUCUGUGUUGUCGCAAGAAGACAUCAGCCGUUACCUGCGUUGGAUACGUGCACACUAUGCACAGAAUGAAGGUCCACUCCUCUCAGAUCGGGCGGCUGAACUUCUCAAGACCUACUACGAGCUGCAGCACCGUCGAGGUUCAUCACCAUCCCUUGCUGAUUGCGUACCGGUCACUAUACGCUUACUGGAGUCCCUUGUUCGCAUCACACAGGCGUAUGCCAAGCUGCAUUUGGAGCAUGUCUGUAUGGAGGAAGACGCGGCGAUGGCGAUCUUUCUUAUGGAGCAGAGCGCCCACAGUCUGAAAUGUCCCUUGGAAUCACUUGGCCCGGAUGUGUACACAAGCUCCAAGUGCCUAGAGGAGCACUUUCUCAACCUUAGUCCCGAGGGAGUGCAGCGGCAGCGCGAGGUUCUGCGGGCUAUCGUGGAUGUCUUCUCUAUCUGCAGCAGCACUCAUCAUCAAUCGACUGACGACGGAGGGGCUGGAACGUGGUUAGAGCGGUUGAAAGCUCCAUCAGAAGAGACGCCUUCGCGAGUACAGAGCAAACGUGCGAGAGAGAACUCUCCAAGCAGUGACGCUAUUUUGCGCAGUGCAUGUCGCCUAAGGGCUGGAGUGGAUGCCCCACUCUCAAGCGUUCAGACAGUGAUUUCCUACACCCCUGAGCCUGUCUCGCAGCGCACAGCGGUGACGGCAACGGCAGCGGUAGCAGCGGUGGCAACAGCAGGCACAAAUUCUACAUCUCCUGGUAUGAAGAGCUGUAGACGGCGAGAUGCCGAAGAAAUAAUGAAAAGCCUGGCAUUUCACUAUUGA